AUGGAUACGUGCUACUGUCUUCAUAUAAUUGUACUAUUCCUUAGUUUUUCAGGAUUUACCUGUGCCACCAAUAAUAUAUUUCUAGGAGGGACAAUCAACUGGAGAUCAAUUGGAGGACAAACGCGAUUCACGUACAGAUUGACAUGGCUGAAUGGUUAUGGGCCUUGCGGUCCGGGUUGCAGCAAUAAAUCCAUCGGGAAACUGACAACAGGUGGCGCUCCGUUCGACACUACAUUUUGGCAGACAAACGGUGGUCACGUGAUAGAUCUAAACUACAUCACUACGACCAUUUCAUCAGACUGGGAACAAGGGGAACGUGCAUUCAAUGUCUCUUCUACAACCAGUAUGAGGUUUCUGUUGAGAUUGAAUACCGCCAAUAUAGCGUGGAUUGUUACGGGUAAUGGGAUUGGAGGAAGUGGCGUAUUUAUGGAGACAUUCGUCGACAUGAGCAUGCGCAACGAUACCAAGGAACAAAACGCCAGUCCGAUAGCCGCUCUCCCUCCGUACAUAGGAGCUUCCUUUGGAUGCCUCGUGACAAUCAACUUACCUGUCACUGAGCCUGAUCAUGACCUAUUGGAGUGUCGUUGGGCCCGGGCCAUUGAGUGUGGAUCAGCAUGUACCAACCUCCCACAGGCCUACAUAGAUAAGAGUGCCUGUACAAUUACCAUUAAUACCACGGCCGAUAGGGGGUACUCACCUGGACAGAAGUACCGAGUGACCGUGGUGGUUGAAGAUUUUCCGCGCUUUCCAAUCUUAAUGGGCAGACAACUCAAGCUGCCUACUGAUCCACUGAGUAUGAUUCCUUUGCAGUUUACAAUAACAGUGACGAAGUCUACUAGCUGUGUGAGUCAUGUACAGUUUGUCACCCCCUCCCUGCCAGAUGAACUGCAUGCCUCCUACUCCAUGUUUCCCCAAGCCCUUUGUGUUCGCAGCAUACCUUACAGUACCAACAUUAAGAGGAGCUGUGGAACUGAUUUCCUAUCGAGUCUACCGGCUGGGAUGAUGUCACAAAGACUUGCCGACGACCAGAAGCGACAGAAUGUCACACGGCUCUAUCUUACAUGGCUACCGGAGAGAAGACAGAUGGGCGAUAACUUGGCAUGUGUGUGGGGCAAGGACCAGUUUGGAUUAACAACAUCACAGCGGUGUGUAGAUGCUUUGAUUUCAGAUACUGAUGAAUGUCGGUCGUCGCCUUGCCAGAGAGGAGGGAAGUGCGUCAACCUAUUUCACAGAUUUGUUUGUGACUGUCCACCUGGAUUGAUGCCACCUCUCUGUUCAAGAAGAAUCACGUGCGGAGAUCAGCCGUGCCUAAAUAGUGGCACCUGUAGAGAUAGUAACUCCUCGUUUACUUGCACUUGUCCCCAAGGGUUUUCUGGAGAUCGAUGUCAAAAGGAGAAAAAUAUGUGUCAGUCGUUUCCUUGUCAGAACGGAGGAACGUGCCACAGUCAUCACGGUACCUUCACAUGCUCGUGUCCGAUACUCACAACAGGUGUCACGUGUCUGAAAAAAACGACGACGAAGAAGAAUGACACCAAACAGAAUUUAAACAUCACUGUGGAUAAUGUAGUCCACCAACAGCCUUGGGUCAUUCUGGCUAGCGUGCUCAGUGGUGUUCUAGGCGCGGCCCUUCUUGGUUCCUGUUGUAUUUGGGGGUUGUCCAAAUUCUGGCCGUUUACCAAAGGGACCGUUGGAACCACAUCGGACGAUACGUCUUCAACAAGAAAUACCAAACGGCCUGGCAAGUUGUCCAAAUCCGGUCAACGUAACGACCAAGACAGUCCCCGACGGCCUGGGUCGUAUCGGCCAUUUUCUAUUUCGUCCCAAAUAGGACUUUACCCACAAUCCACUACACUGACUCCCAUGGAAACAGGAGUGUUAGCACCACCACAAUACAACAACAUUUACUCGUCCUCCCUGACAGAUCCUCUCAUGCACAAAUGUGGAAGAGUGUAAUAUAUAAUAUGGUUGAUAAUGUAGGAGUAUUAUUUUCGAUGGACCAGCUUUCCGUCGCGAUAGUUUCGUGUUAUUGUUUACUAAUUCUACAUUAGUUUCACCGCGGCUAUUUUCAAAUGGUUGUCUGUCUUUUACCUCUGUAAUAGGAAAAGCCGAAAUAAUUCGGAAUCCAAACUGAAUAAUAUGGCCCAUGCUGUUUUUUAAAUUACGUACGACAUGCAAGAUAAUUUCUACCAAUCAUGGACACCAAUUUGUCGAGCGUACCAAGUAAACAAGCGAGACAAUUCCGGUUACAAGAGACCGUGGGUGUCAACAUGUCUAAAAUGAUCACAGUUUGAGUAUUAACCAUAUCGUAGUGCCGUUAACUUUGUAUGAUUUAUGAACGUUACAACCAGUACUGGUUAAUAUGUACAAUACAGAACAAUCACAAGGCCCAGACUACCAACACGCGAGACAGAAGAUAUUGACUGCCUCUUUAGAGAUGUAUAUGAUAUAUACAAUAGUGAAUUUGAGGGCUCCGUCAGGGGACACCUUACUCGUAGUUAAUGCAUCUUUAUAACAUAUUUCGCUGUUAUGGAGAUUCCUCUAAACGACUGUGUCGUGACCACAUCCUUUCUUCGAGAACGACACUUCUGGCACUAAGAUGGAACUUUACAUUGAAAACACCCUCAUAACAAGGUCACCAUUGAACAAUAGGGACACCCUAUCAUGAAGAUCGGGAAGAUCGUGCUACGUGAAGAAAAGAGGACGCAGUAUUUCACAGACAUACAACAGCUACAUAUAUGUCAACUUUGUGCUUUUAAAGGUUCGAUAUCAUGUAAGUAAAUAUCGGUGACUUUUAUCCGGUAUAAAUAAUGAUAGAUAAUAGCCCUGGGUUUUCUAGAAAACAAGUGAACCCGGGAGCCCUGGGUGUCGGUGUGAUUACCUUUCUGUAGUUUCAUGUUCCAUACCAGUGAUGUCUGUGUUUCCGAUAUUCAUUUUGAAAUUGGGCAUAAUCAUGGAUAAACAAUCAGAGACCUUUUAUGUCAGUUAAAAUCAGAAGAGCCAAAUAGAUGACAUCGAACAGGAUAACGUGUUACAGGUAUGGUUCGAGUGUAUUAAGACAAGAUAAUCUACCAAACAAACAGACUGGACGAGCUAGGUAAUAAUAUGGUGACGGAUUGCUGUGUCACUCACACUGUUAAUGGACUUUUGGGUAUUAAACCGUGUUCCUCAGAGACAAAUGUUUGGAAUGAUGACACGAAAUGUCACGUCUCAACUUCUAUCUCUAUAACACGAUUUGAUUUAACAAUUGAAUAUAAACAUGUGAAGGAUUACAAUAGAAGAUUAUUAAGAGGUGAUGUACCUGGUAUAGGUAUGAACGGAAGCUUUCUAUUCACCUAACGACCUGGUUUCGAAUUAUUACAGUUCGCAGCUAUUCAUUUUGCUGUUUUGACAACGUUGAUAUUUCGUUCGAAGCUCUCAUAGUGUAGAUGAAAAAAAAUGGUACUCUUAAAGAUGAUCUAAUGUAUUUACUUCAUAAUCAGGACUUAUCGCAGAUAUUGGUUAUAUUUUGGACGGUUACUCAACAAUUUCAUUAAAGAGUUAGAUCACAACCUCUUACCAGGAAAUAGUCUAAUCAGACCAAUAUAAAGAAAUAUCAGAAAUAGUAGACGGAAUGUACGCAUGUGUAUGAAGGAAAGUUGAAAUGUGCUGCAGUAUUUACCGUUCUACAUCCGGAAAACAACUGUCUUAUAGAGACAUGGCAGGAAUUCUCAACCCACGCUCCAUAAAUAUGUAGUACUAGUAUACAUUUAAUGUAUAUAUAUAUGUAGUACUAAUAUACAUUUAAUGUAUAUAUGGACCGUGGUUGUGAACUCGUCCCUGUGAACUAUCAGGCAGGAUUAUCUAGAUGUAAUGUGGAAUCUGAAAAGUUCAGUGUCGUACUAAGCUGACAUACUUGUCAAGGUAACAUCGACAAAAAAUCAUAACCCUACGUUUCAAGACCCAGGUAAAUAUUGACUCAUGCCUGCCUUAACUCAUAACGGAGUGCAGCUCGUCGGCUAAUAAAGGUGCAGUUUUUAAUGAGGCAUUGAUCCAAUGAUAAAGCCUUUAGUUGUAUUUAUAAAGCACUGGCAGACGUCUGAAUGUAUAUCAAAUAUUCGAAUAGGGUCCGUUUUCCGCACGUAACAAAAUUUCAUUUGUGAGGGAACCCGAUCAAUAUACCAGUGAACCGUAAUGUUCAGACAUGCAUUUGUAUUCAAAUAGCUGCAUAUAGAUUAAGCUAUUUAGGAUUUGUACAGGGUGAAAUUCGAACCCGUACCAUGAGCCAGCUUUGUUGUUACGCGCGAUGAUUCCAAUAAUAACUGUACACAUAAAUUCGUGAUAAAUAUUUUAAUAACAAGUAAACAGCGUGUUCGUGGUAUUUCAAACACUCUAUUAAAAUCAUGUCCAUCGGGAAACCUCUGGCGUCUUUCCGUCAUUCUUGAAAUUCUUCACUUAUAACAAAUAUGGCACAAGGUCUGGUCCCAAUAAUACAAACGCUGAAUUCGGGACUCUUUUUUCUACCGAAAGCUAAAUAUCAUUUUAUACCUUACUUACAGUAUUUGUAGUAUCCUGUUCUGGUGUCAAUUCUGCAAUGUGGAAAUGUCACGUGACCUAAUACAUAGUUUGAGAUUUUACAACGAUCUCUUAAAGAAUAUUGACGUGUCGACGUUUAGAUUUAGUCCCGAAACCUCAUUCCAUGGAUUCGCGAUCAUUCUUGUACUGGUGAUCUGAUUUCGAUUUUAGCGGUUGUCCAAGGACGUGAUGACGUUAUGAAGGAUGACGUCAUACACCAUCUUCCACAGAUAUUGUGUCCGUCUUCUGGUCUGACACGGCGUUAAAUAGCAUGAGGACAUACGGAGGCCAGUAGGUAGCGGCCGAGUAGAGAAACAAUCCCAACACAGCAAAUAAAAUAGCAU